AUGGUUACCACACAGUGGUGGACCUACCACAAAGACGCUGGCUCUACACAUGGGCAUUCAGGCCUCGGAGCUAGCAAGUUACCAAAUAUCGCACGACGGACGCAGCCCCCAGACAGCAACAUUGCACACGCUCACCAGCCUCACGGGACACCAGUAGCACUGACCGCAUUGCUCUUGUCCUUCCUGUUACGGCUAUCAAAAAGCUCUACCAAUUCCCCCCAUUCGGCUAUGGAUUUGUUCCAUCAUGACGAAAUCACAGUUCACCUCCUGGACGCACGCGUCAAAUGUGCAUGUGAUGGUUGCAAACAAGAGUCUGUCGGAGAUGGUGUAACUUUUGUACUUUUCGAGAAAGAAGUAUGGCUAGAACGUCUGAAUGUCAGCGAUGCCGUGAAGCGACUAAAGCCCUCUACUGACUGCAUUAGAAAACAAGACUAUGCCUUGACUUUGUCGUCACCAGCUCAGAAACUUUUGGAAGAAGCCUGUCGCAAACUGUUUCCUGUUUCUGGUGAAUUGAACUUUAUCCGUCAGCUAAGCUGUUCUCUUUCAGACUACCAUCUGUCUGUGGCCGAACAAUGCACCACACUCGAUUCAACGAGUUUAGUUGAUACCAAUGCACAUACUGAGGAACAGCGGAGGAUGGAGCUGCAGCGGAAACUUGCUCGCGAACUGGAGAAGUCCAAAUCAAAACGGAACAAAAAAGGAGGAAUCCUGCGGAAAUGAGUGGUUUUCAUGCAGUCAAUCGCAUGCAUGUGUUUCGCUAUCAUCACAUAGUCCUGUUUGACUGAUAACUUAUACUUCAUCUGUCUGACUUGGGAAAUAAUUCACUUGAAAUCUAUCCUGAUUGUGUUUCUUUUGGUCAAGUUGGGUUGCUUGGUACCAGUUGUAACUUGUACUCUUUUGGCAACUCGGAAUCCGCAUAGGGUCUAUCACAAAAGUAAAUGCGCCUCAGACGACAAUUGGCGUUCACGCGUAUUCGAUUCACUUCUAAUAAUCGUUGUCUGUAACAGUAUUCCAUCAGACGCUGGAGAUCGAAUACAACCGUAUUCCAACCGGGAUGAAGCACCAGCGGCAUGUUAGUGGUGAAAUCCCGAAUACUUGUGACCCUGUUGAAAUUGCUGGCUCUAAAUCGCCUUCUGGUGCCACUGUAGUCGGUCACUUCGAUUUGAAACGAGAAGUACCGGUUCAUAUUUUUGAACAGUAGUACGAAAAUGGGCAUUCGAAUCCCCAGAGUUUCAUCUGGAUCGCUCGGGCAUUCAAUGUAAGUCGUGGUGACAUUGCUGGAGCGAAGAUCCAAAAUCAAAGAUCGAAUAUCUGGAUCUGAAAUGCGCCUAACCGUCCCUGCCUUUGCCGAAACUGCCCAGUUUAAUAAUGGCUUUUGUCCAACGCUGUAGAAUAUGGACAACAGUCCCGAUUGGUACGCUGUUCUGUACAUGCCGUCCUUGCCAAAUUAUCGG